AUGAUCCCCUUCAAGCCUAUAGCCCAUCUGUACAGGGACUACCUUCGCCAAGUAAGACUUCUGCCACACGAAUAUCUACGGACGUUCUUCCGUAUCAAGGCUCGUGACGACGUAACGGUUCUCUGCAGCACGAAAGAUGGCAGAAAAUCCAUGGAGAAUAAGCAGAAGAGAGUCUCGAAGGACAUCCGGAAACUGAAAGACGCGAACACUGGUAAAUGGAGAGCCUUUCAAUACGUCCUGGACCUUGCCUACGGCAGGAAAGGGAGACUGAGAUGGGAACUUCUGGAGCCUUUGUUACAAGAUGCCCGCUCGUCUGCCACCCACCGCAUCAUACCAGGAGUCGAGCGCUCCAGGCCGCCGCACUAUUCUCCGGAGCUAGCAGCACUGCUUACCUCUCCGUUUUCUCGUUCGCACAAACCUCUGAGUCCCAAAGACCUCAUUAUCCCGCCAACUCUGCCCGCGCGAUCGGAUCCUGCCUCUGAAGAGGCUCGUCUCCUGGGACCAUUAAGUAAACGUCGUGAAGCCAAUCUGCGCUGGCGUUUCUUCACCGACCAAUCGAAGAAAGUAUAUCCCCCACUGCAGAUACUGGUGCAAGAGCCAGUGCUCACCGACCCUAUUCCGAGGAGUGACAAGGAUGCAGUCGCCCAGGCUGGUAUCCGUGCCAUAGGGUUGCAAGAUUCUGGCGUCUUUGAGGAAGUACAGAAGCUGGCUCUCCCGCCUACCCAGUCGUCUCCAAUCCCACGUAGACACCCUCCUACACCAAAACCGCAGGGGGAAGCUGACAAGUUUUCGCGGUCCCCCGCCUGUGUCUUUCACUCCCCAUUGCCCCGGAGGUUUCUGAGGAGGCGAUACCAGGAACUCUUAGGCCGGCUUCCCAUUUUGAUGUAUAUUAAACCCGGAACUCCAGGGAAUGUCGUGGACAGCAAGAAAUUUCGCGGGGUACCUCGCCCGAGAUAUGAGAUCUCGCUGUCCGCGAGGGCUUCUGGGCCGGCUGUCCCGCGGGUUCACAAACCUGCUCCUUCAAUGGACUCUCACGAGUUGGCAUGGACCGAACUCUCGAAUAAAGAGGUUCGAAAGGACGCAGCAGAUCGAGAUUCAGAACAGCGGACAGCAAAACAAAAAGCAGGGGUAUGUAGCGAAAUCGUAAUGGAAUAAAUAUAACGUGAAAGCGGUCCAUAAGCAUGGUCAUCAUCAACCGUCUUCGCUUGAAUUCUCCAGCUCCAGUCCAUGUAAAUCGAUAACGUACAUAUUGUAAUUGCGAUCUGUUGCUUUGGCGAUCCCAGCUUCACCCAAAGUAGGAUCAACGCCACAUUGCAAACCCAGCAUGGUCUUAUAUUCGUCGAAGUUAUAUGAUUGCUUUUGACGAAUGCUAUCCAGCAUAUCC